UGUGCAGUCCUCCACUGUCCACAGUUCAGACAAACUGCUCCAUGUUAACAGCCUCCGUUCUGUAGCGAGUCCCACCGCAUCCUCGACACCAUGCAGUACAGGACGCUGGUGAUGUACAUGGAGAUCGGCUGUUUCGUCUCGUGCCUCUGCGGCUGGAUUCUCAUCUGCUCCACGUUGGCUAUUGAGUACUGGACCUGGUCUGAGGUGGGCAGUGUGGUGCUGACCACCUCCAACUACUACUCAAACCUGUGGAUGGACUGCAUCUCGGACACCACCGGGGUGUCGGACUGCAAGUACUACCCUUCCUUGCUGGCUCUCUCAGUGUUUCUGCACGUGUGCCGAGCGCUGGCCAUCGUGUCCGUGAUCCUGGGCUUCUGGGCGGCCGUGCUCGCCCUGAUUGGAAUGAAGUGCACCAAGAUAGGAGGGUCAGAGAUGGCCAACGCCAGGGUCACUUUUGCUGCAAGCGUCACCUACCUUGCCUGUGGGUUUUCUGGAAUGAUAGUCUACUCCUGGUGGGGGAACAAAGUGCGCUCCGAGUUUGUAGAUCCAAACUUCAGAGCCCAGAAAUUUGAAAUAGGAGCAGCUGUGUUUAUUGGGUGGGGCGGAUCCUGUCUGGUCAUCGCUGCUGCUUCAGUCAUGUGUUACUUCUCAGGACGAGAGGUCUUCUAUAAAAAUGGACAGAAACAACCCAGAAGUCAACCCAGGUCCUACGCUGCGGGGCGGCCCAGGUCCUACGUCACAGCGCGCACACGGACGUACAUGCUGCCGGGAUCGUCCAGGCCUGCGCUGACCUUCUCGGAUUCUCCCAGGCGGACGCCGAAGCCCACUCCGGUUCCGCCGCUGUUCUCCGGGCAGGUCAGCCUGGCGAGCCAGGAGACCCGCAGCUCUAGAACCAAGUCGCCGCGCAGCCGCGACUCAUUCGUCUGAGUGCUGCUGCUCCACAACAACAACAACAACAACAACAACAACGACAACAACAACUCGGACUCGUUUGUCUGAGUGCUGCUGGUCCACAACAACAACGUGAGUCUGUAAAGACUCGGACGGUAGCAGCACUCCUAUUGGCUGAGGAGGCCAUGUCAGUAAGAGGCCUUUUCACCUCUAGUUCUGAACAUUACCUGCGUGGAUUUCAUUGCCAAAUCAUUUUGUAUGUAUUUAAAAAGAAAUGUUCUGUCUGUUAGUAUAAAGUGCUAAAAAAAGCUUCUCUCAUAAAAAAAUAAUCAUAUUUCUACAUGAUACACCAUAUUUACAAAAUCUACAGAAAAAUAUCAUCUAAACAUCAGGAUUGACACAAAUCUAUAGAUGGCAAAUGCAAAUAUGAAGUAUUUAUUGUUUGUGUGUGUGUCUGUGGGGUGGGAUGACUGGGACUGAGUGUAAUUUAUGGUCUGUAAGAAAUAAAACCAAUUCAUCUUCCUAUU